AUGAUGAGAAGUUGGGAGGUCAAUUUUAGCACUUCCCAAGUUGCUCUUGCUGUUGCUGUCGUUGCUGCAGCUGCCGCCGGGCAGUUCUUGCAGCGUCAGCCCAAAGGAUGCAGUGAGGUCAGCGGGCCUAGCAUUUUAGGGAUUUUGCCGCGGCUCUGGUCAUCAAUACGAAGCUACACGUUCUUAGAGCUGCUCACACAAUUGCACGAAACAGAAGGCAACACGUUCUUUCUGCAGUUUGGCAUCCUCCGAUUCUUGGUGACGCCCUUGGUCAUUACCCGCGACCCCCGCAAUGUGGAGCACAUGCUGAAGCACAACUUUAGCAACUAUCCCAAAGGGGCCUUCUUUAAUUCAAUCACACAUGAACUCCUCGGAGCGGGCAUUUUCAACGCCGAUGGUGAGAGCUGGGUUAUGCAGAGGAAGACAGCCUCGCAGAUGUUUACAGCGAACCGAUUCAAAAACCACAUAUGGAGAGUAGUCAGAAAGAAUUGCAACAAGGUCAUCAAGCUGCUUCAUGAACACGAAGGGGUCAGUGUCGAUAUGUUCAAUGUGUUGAACCGCUUCACCCUGGAUUCGAUUGGGGAAAUUGGCUUCGGCGCGUCUAUCGGCUCAUUGGAGAAUUCUGAGUCGCCUUUCCUCAAGUCAUUUGAUGAAGCACAGCGGGUCUUGUUCUGGCGCUUUGUGAUUCCAGGGUGGCGCCUUCUGCGGUUUCUUCGUCUGGGACAGGAACGUGGAGCCGAGAACCACUUCAAGGUUUUGAAAAGUUACAGCAUGAGCAUCAUCACAGACUUGGCGGACAAGCUGGACACAGAAGCGGGUGACAGCUUUGUAGGCCUCUUCAUGAAAGACGACCCAUCGCUCUCUCGUGAAUUCCUGUCAGACAUGGUGCUGAAUUUCCUCAUCGCUGGACGGGACACCACAGCACAAGCGAUGUCAUGGUGCCUCUUUCUGCUCAUGACAUGCAGCAGAGUGCAAGAGAAGGUGCGAAGCGAAAUUUGCCAGGUUCUUGGUGAUGGUGGGGACCUGGACUACGAGAAGCUUAGCCGCUUCCAGUACCUGGAAGCCGUGCUCAAAGAAAGUCUAAGGCUAUACCCGUCUGUGCCGUUGGAUUCCAAGUUCGUCGCCAAUGCGGACACGCUGCCGGACGGGACAUAUGUUCCGCGAGGAACUGCCUUGAUCUACAUGUCCUAUGCCAUGGGCAGGUCGCAGGAGAUCUGGGGCGCUGACGCCUCUGAAUUCCGCCCAGAACGAUGGCUUGAGAUGAAGGGGGUGAAGUCACCCUACGAGAACCCCGUGUUCCACGCAGGGCCUCGAGAAUGCCUCGGGAAGCGUUUGGCAAUGUUGGAGAUGAAGGAAGGCAAGGAAGGCAGGGGCAAAGAGGCCUGCCUUACAAGGAUAAGCUGGUUUGGCGAGACGGUGGCCGCGCAGCUUUCUUGCAGGAGCAAGAAUGAGCAAGAUGGCGCCACCUGUGCCGAUUGCUUUGGUGGUCUGAUCAGCUGCACUGCUACGAAAUGUUGGUGGCCAUGUUCCAGAGGCGGCGACGAAAACCGGGCCUGCCGCGCCUGCACAAAGCAGCACUGUCAGCCGCCUUUUGAGGCGCCCCCUGGAAAGAUGAAACCAAGGUUUUUCGACCGUCGCACAGGCACCCGGUGGUCAGCUGCCAGGGUGGCUGAAAUUUGUCGCGGCAACCUGGCUGAGUGGAUGGCGUGGGCUUUCUUCCAUUGCACUCCAGACGAGGUGUCAGAAGACAGGUGGGCCGAGCUGGUUCAGCUGGUGGACGAAGGUGCUUGCUGGGCUGGCAUCGAUUUCCCGGAAGGUUACAACCCACACGUGCAGGCAAUGCGAUUGACGAUGGAUCCAAUUCCGUCUGAGCAUCGCCCGAUGAUCUACUACAUUGUCACAGCUCUAGCACUUCCUGUGGUAACCCACUACAACUUGGAGAACUUGGGCUUCCGCAAGCAUAAGAGUGGUACCCUUCAGUACUGGCUCCGGCCGGGACGAGGUAAGCGCACGGAACCCCCUAUUGUCUUCUGCCACGGUGUGGGGGUCAACUUGCUACCCUACGAGCAUUUCAUCACGGAGCUGCUGAGGCAAGUGCCAAAGGGCAAGAGCAUCUUCCUCGUGUCUUUGCCGCACAUCUCGAUGCGUAUCAAAGAGGACGUGCCCUCGAGUGCUGAGAUGGUGGCAUGCCUCCGAGAUAUGCUGACAAGCUGGGACUUUGACUCGGCCCACUUUGUCGGGCACUCCUUUGGCUCCAUCGUGGUCGCAUGGAUGUGCAAGAACGCCAAGGAAACUGUCAAAGUCGCAACUUUCCUGGAUCCUGUGUGCUUCCUCCUCAUCAAGCCCGAUGUUUGCUACAACUUCAUGUACAGACAGCCCGAAACUCCAACGCAGCUGCUGCUACACUAUUUCGUCGCACGGGAGCUCUUUAUCGCGCAUAGCCUGUCCCGGAAUUUCUUUUGGUACCAGAACUUACUUUGGCCCGAGGAGCUGGUGAUGCCUACGCUGGUCAUGCUGUCCGGGACGGACUCCAUUGUUCCUGCACAUUCUGUUCGCCGAUACCUGACGGGUUGGCUGCAACAGCAAAGAACGGACACCUUCAGGUUACUGUGGUUUCCGAAUCUGGGCCAUGGAGAGAUGAACUUCGGCCCUGUUGGGCUGGCCGCCGUCAAGCGUAUUGUUGCUGAGAUGAUGGCGCUGGAAGCCAGGCUUCAAAUGGGCCGCCGUAGGUAG